AUGCCACCACCAAAGUCGUUCGCCGCUCGCCAGUUCAGCGAUUCAGUAACCGAGGACCUCAAGCCAUGCUCGCGCUGUAGCUGGUGCGUCAACUAUACGAUAAUCAGCCAGUCUAUCAAGCGUAAAUCGGCCCAUUUGGCCAGCUGUAUACGCUUCCGCCAGCAUGCCGUCGAGGUACUCCGAGGAACCGAUUCCAGCGCUAUAAUCGACCUCCGUAUGGCCAUGCCAGAGGACUUUAUUCAAGCAUGUCGCGAGCUAGCAGACGUAGGUGAGGAAGAGGAGGAGGUUAAGGAGGGCGAUGCGCAUGGCUAUGCUCAGCCAAUUGAUAGAGCCUCUCGCAUGGAGCUCAAGUUCGCAAAGGCCAUUUACCGCUCUGGCAUGCCGCUGAGCUCGUUUGACACCGACUGCUGGAGGGAGUUCUUCAGAGAGCUCGCUCAAUUCAAGCCUCCGCCGCGAGCUCGCCUUGCUGGUAGCCUACUCGAGGCUGUAUACGCAGAGGUGCAGAAGGAGGUGGAACAAGUGGUAGAGACUCAAGGCCGUGGUAACUAUACGCUGAACUGCAUUAGCGAUGAGUCUGAGGCCAUGAACGAGGACCGGAUUACCAACCUCUCGCUUAAUACAGCUAACGGCCAGUCGUUCCAUAUAACGACUACUGCCACUGGCUCCGCUGACCAUAGCGCAAGGGCCCUCUUUGAUGGCAUGUUACCUCGUAUCAAGAAGGUUACCAAGGGUGAUUUGACCCGCUGGAACAGCCUUUGUACGGAUACUUGCGCUACGCAGAGGAAGCUACAUGAGUUGAUCCAUCAGCAUCCUGAAACUCGGCAUGUUUUUACCAUACUCUGCGACUCGCAUGGCCUCCAGCUGCUAGUCAAGGUCCUCUGCCAUGGCUCGAAGUCGCUUAGUGCCAUUACGUACUACAAGGUUACUCUUGUAGAGGCGAAUUUGAUGUCGAGUUUCCUGCGUUCGGCGACGAAGCUCUACGCUCUGCUUGUAGAGCGCGCAGCUGAGGAUGACAAGAAGCUCAGAGCCCUCGUGCUGGCGGUAGUUACUCGAUGGGGUACUCAAGUCAACGUCGUUGAUGCGCUAAUUGAGAACAAGGCUCAGCUACAGUCAGUCACCGGUCAGCGAGCCUUCUUCAACAGCGAGAGUGGCCGGAAGGUACUUAGCUUGAUUGACGACGAGAGUUUCUGGCUACGCCUUGAGCACCUCCAUUCGCUGCUGCUGCCGAUUCAUAACGCGCAGAUAGCCUCUGAGAGCGACCGCUCUACUGUCGCUAUGGUGGUUCCUCGCUGGAAGGACCUUCGAAGCGACAUCGCUGAGCUCGACAUACCGUUCAAGGCAGAGGCUCUGCUACGGCUAGAUCAGCGCCUUGAGAAGCAAACUACUGGUAUACACUACGCAGCGUACGCUCUCAACUCGCAAGCGCCAGAGUCGUAUAAGAGCCUUAGCAAGCGCGAGUGGCAGCUAGCUGAGAGGUUCUUCGAGGCUACAAUUCCAAGUCACCUCCACAACGACUUCUUUGAUCAACUUACCGAGUUCAGAGGCCGUAGAGGCCGCUUCAGCAGUACCUUCCUCCAGCAGAGAGCUCAUAAUCCAGACAGUUUUUGGGACUACGCGCAGCAAUACGACGCUCAGCUACUUGCUCAACUGGCCUUGCGGCUACUCAGCACGCCAGCGAACUCAGUACCCUCUGAACGGUCGUUUUCAAGCUUCAAUUUCAUCCAGAACUCCUUCCGUACGUGCCUCUCAACCCACCGAAUUGAUCUAUUGCUAUACAUCCACGUCAAUUGUAGAGCUCUUGAGGCUCACAAGCGCGAGAGGCUCAAGCGACGGCGUGAAAUCGCUCUCUCUGAGGGCCACGCUCGUAAGAAGUUGCGCCUCGAGCAGCUUGAGGCGCGUACUACGCCAUCAACUCAAGCAAUAGCUCCAUGGAACAUGACUACCAACGAGGCUAUUGAGCGUCAAUUCGCUCUAUUAGCUCCUCUUGAGCUCUCUGCAGGCUAUCUCAACGACGACGACGACGAUGACGCUGCGCCGUACGAGCUCAGCUCGCAGAGCCUUCCAAGCGCUGGCUAUAAUAUCUUGCUCUCCUCAACGCCACUACUACCCUCUAUGUCGCCGUAG